CAAACAAGUGAUCCCCCUGCAUAUCCUGUAAUUCAUGUGAGUCCAGGGUGCCGCUAUGGCUUCAUCCUUCAUACGGAGAGGAUUGCGUUUCUCUCUAAGCGCCGGAGGACCCGGCUGUAGGUACUUUAAAAUGACGACGCUCCCUGGGAUAUCGCAGACACCGGCAGGGCUCGGUCCGGCUGUGACGGGGAAGCCGGUGGCCCCGGAGGAUAAGAACGGCAGAAGAGCUUUGCGGACUACAGCUGCGUUCCGGUCCGAAGGACGUAAAGAAGCCGCCGAGCUCUCAGAGGAAACCGUGGAGGUCGUGUUUGUGGACAGAUCGGGGAGGCGCAUCCCUGUGAAAGGGAAGGUCGGGGAGAGCGUGUUAUACCUGGCCCAUCGCUUCGAUAUCGACUUGGAAGGAGCCUGUGAAUCGUCUCUCGCCUGUUCCACGUGUCACGUUUACGUCAACCUGGAGGUUUUGGAUAAACUCCCUGAGCCGGAUGAAAGGGAAGAAGAUAUGCUGGACAUGGCGCCGUUCCUACAGGAGAACUCCAGACUUGGAUGCCAGAUCUUCCUCACCCCGGAGCUCAACGGAGCCGAGUUCACCCUCCCCAAAAUCACUAGAAACUUUUACGUGGACGGGCACGUGCCAAAACCCCACUGAGCGGACACUUCUACAGCCUGCCAAUGGUUAAUCCCCGGCGCGGAGGGGGACUAGGAACGAAAUGCACUCGGCUCUAGCCGAAAAGAAGCAACACAACCAACCAAAGAGGAGAAGCCGUUUUUAUGCCGCUCGGUCGCUGACGCACAACUUUGGACGUUUCGGUUAAAGCUUCUUUUAUCCAGAGUUACUGGCAAAGCGCGUAAAGAGUUAAUGUUCAUUUACAAAAGCCUGCGAAUGGGUAUUCACGGCUCGCUAGCCCGCUGUGUUCCCAUCAAUAGGGCAUUAUGAGUGAGUGCCGGGGCUAAAAGCUCUACGCGGGCGGCACAAGGAUCUAAAAAUAUAUAUAUAUAUAGUCGCUUGCCCUUUAGACCUUUAAAUCUAUAUAUUUCCCAGCAGUUUGUCGAGCGGAUAAUACGAGUUUUAAAAGUCUUAAGGAAUUUAUUUUGUCCAGAAACCUUCAGCCAUUAUAGCUCCAUUUGUGUGGAUUUUGGGGCGCAGUCCAUCUUAAAAAUGGAAAGUGCUUUUUUUUAACGGAGAGUUUCUGCCAAAAGCCCCUCCAUCGCCUGUAAUUCUUUACUGUACCGCCUGAGAACGCACAAAAAACUCUAUUUUUAGUAUAUUUAUCCAUUAAAUUUAAAAUGUAGCGAUAAAGUAUUUGUUACUUUAGGCAAACGCCUUAUUUUUUUCAAACUAUAAUACGAGUUGCCAUUAAAACUGUUGUCUUGUACUAGGUUCAGCUGCUGAACAGAAUACGAUCUGAUUAGGUCAAGGUGUUUGGGAAAUAAAUGUAUAUAUUGUGGAUAAAA